AUGCCGACACCAGAGGAGGUGCUGAACACAGCGUCGCGCAUCAACUUGAACAUACCGGAGGCCCAUGUGGACGACUAUCUGCAGCUCCUCACCAAGACGGAAGAAGCUUGCGCGUUGGUGCUCGCUCAAGAAGACUACAAGCCCAAGCCCGAUGUCGCCCGCUUCCCUCGUACAAACAUCCACCGACCCACUGGCAAGGACAACCCCCUCAAUGGCUGGGCGUGGCGCGCCGAUGCUGGCGAUCCGGUGGACAGCUCUGGCAAGUUGCUGAGCGGCAAGAGGGUCGUGUUCAAAGACACCAUCUGCAUGGCUGAGGUGCCGUUGCUCUUUGGCACAGACGCGUUUGAGGGUUUCGUCCCCGACGUCGAUGCCACGGUCGUUUCGCGAGUCCUCGAGAGCGGAGGUCACGUCCUUGGCAAGGCUGCCUGCGAGAACUUCUCCCAUGGCGCUACUUCCUCUUCGUCACCUUAUGGUCCUGUCGAGAACCCAUACACCCAGGGAUUCUCUACCGGUGGCUCCUCCUCCGGCUGCGGUGCACUGAUUGCCUCUGGUGCCGCCGACAUGGGCAUGGGAGGUGACCAAGGUGGCUCUGUUCGAAUUCCAGCCAGCCACUGCGGUAUCGUUGGACUCAAGCCGACCUUUGGUCUUGUGCCGUACACUGGUAUUCUCUCCUCCGAGUCCAUGAUCGACCAUGUCGGCCCAAUGGCAACUACUGUCCUCGACACUGCACGCCUGCUCCAGGCUGUGGCCGGAGACGACGACAUUGAUGACCGCAGUGCGGGCGCACCCAAGCCUGCCGACGUGCCCGACUAUGUCAGCGCUGUGCUUGCUGGUCGUGAGAAGGGUGUCAAGGGCAUGAAGAUCGGGAUCCUCAAAGAGCCGUUUGACUCGCCUCACAUUGUCCCUGGUGUCACCAUGGCCGUCAAGGACGCAGCAGAGCGUCUGCGCGCGUUGGGCGCGGAGGUGGAGGAGGUGUCUCUUCCUAUUAUGUCUGUAGUGCCCGCUAUCUCUCAUGUUCUGAACAAGCUCGGAUCUGCCGGUACUCGCCAAGGACGCCAGGUCGGCCGCCGUGGCCUCUAUCUCAACGACUACUGGGACCAGCUCUUGCCCUGGACACAGGCCAAGUACGACAAGGCAAAGUACUUUGUGACUGGAACUGCCAUGUCUAGCGAGUAUGCGUGGGGCAAGUAUCCCGUGGCGUAUGGACGGGCCAUGAACCUCGCUCGCAAACUACGCGACGACUUGAACACUACCCUCGCCCAGUUCGACGUCCUGAUCAUGCCCACUGUACCCCACCCUGCCAGGCGUCACAUUGUGUGGGAGUCGGGCCCAGCGCAGUGGAAUGCCAACGCCGGUCCCGUGGCCGCCUUCACCUCGGCUUUUAACCUCAGUGGACACCCAUCGCUUACUGUGCCCGUGGGCUUUGUUGAGCCAAUGGCUAUUGACUGCAAGUGUCCCACCGUCUCUGAGAUUCGCCUGCCUGUUGGACUCAUGGUCGUGGGCAAGUGGUGGGAUGAGAGUACUGUUCUAUGCGUCGGUGACGCUGUUGAACGCAGUGCCGACUGGAAGGAACUUCACUUUUAA